AUGUUGGAAAAUUCCAGUCGGGAAAAGUCCAGAAAGAAUCUUACACCUGAGCCCUCUGUUCUGACGCAGGAGCAGAGGUGGUGCUUCGAGGAUGUGAUGUGGCAUUUCGACCACGAGAUGGCGACCGAGACCAAAGAUUCAGUUGUUUUUUCUUUAGCUUCCUCUGUGCAGGGAAUCCCCGUGGAAACCCAGGUUUGCAAGGGGCUUUCCCGGGUAGCCUAUGACCAGGACCCCCAGAAGCCCCUGGGCGGCAGCUGGAAUUGUGACGGUGGUUCUCACGGUGCUGAGGACGCCCCUGGCUCACCGCAGAGGGACCCCCGCGCCCGCCGGGUGGUGGCUGAGACACAGGGGGACUCCUCAGCGCCCGCCGGGUGGGUGGUUGACACAGGCCCUCCCACCGCAGCGGACUUCGUGUACCAGUUUAAGGGCACCUGCUACUUCACCAACGGGACGCAGCGCGUGCGGCUCGUGGCCACACAAAUCUACAACCGGCAGGAGAUCGUGCGCUUCGACAGCGACGUGGGGGUGUUCGUGGCUGUCACGGAGCUGGGGCGGCCCCACGCCGAGAGCUGGAACAGCCAGGAGGACCUGCUGCUGGUGUACCGGGCGCAGGUGGACGUGCUGUGCAGACACAACUACAAGGAGACGGCCCCCUUCACGGUGCAGCGGCGAGUGGAGCCCACAGUGACCAUCUCCCCGUCCAGGACAGAGGCCCUGAACCACCACAACAUGCUGGUCUGCUCGGUGACGGAUUUCUAUCCAGCCCACAUCAAAGUCCGCUGGUUCCGGAACGACCAGGAGGAGACAGCUGGCGUCGUGUCCACUCCCCUGAUUAGGAACGGGGACUGGACCUACCAGGUCCUGGUGAUGCUGGAAAUGAGCCCCCAGCGAGGAGACGUCUACACCUGCCGCGUGGAGCACCCCAGCCUGCAGAGCCCCAUCACAGUGGAGUGGCGGGCACAGUCUGAAUCUGCCCAGAGCAAGAUGCUGAGUGGAAUUGGGGGCUUUGUGCUGGGGCUGGCCUUCCUGGGGCUGGGCCUUGUCGUCCACCUUUGGAAGAAGAAAGGUGAGGCUGGUGGGGAGCGAGUGGGAGCCUGGUGCUGGGAACGCGCCUACCGACCCGAAAGGAAGGGCUGGGGGGUCGGCCGAAGCUGCAGGGACUGGGAGACUAGCUCUCCCGUGGGGCCAGGCUUGCUUCCUCACACAGGUGCGCGGUGA